UUUAGAAUUUUGAAAGCUUAUAAAUAACUUGAAAUGGAUUCUGGGUACAACUUUUAUGAGAAGCAACAGAGUAAAGACUCUCAAGAGGACUCGUAUCUCCAAGAUGAAGAUCAAUUAUUAUCACCAAAGGAGCCAGCUCUUCUUUCGCCUCAGAAUGAUUUGCAUGAAGCACGGAAGCUAAAUGAGAGUAUAUUCAACAGGGCACCUACAUUACCUAAUAAGGAUGAUCAAGGUAACAUUCUGAAGAACUUGAGCGAUGAUAAGUGCUAUGAUAUUGGUAAGAGUAAUGAAUAUUUUGCUAAAAUCAAGACUAUUGAGUACUGCUCAUCUUUCCUCACCAUCGCUAACAUUUGGAACUGAAUGAUUCUGUACGAGACUGAUUAUGUUAAUGAAGAUGGGCAGUAUGAUAAGUAUAUUAACACACAAUUAAAUCUUUCCUCUGCCUUUUCACUAAUGCUCUUCUUCCUUGUUAAUUUCAGAUACUGGGUUGAGCUUAAAUGGAAAUAAGACGAAAAACUUCGUAACCCAAGAAGCAACUCUUUGGAGUACAGGGUCUGUUAAGUGGAUGAUCGUAGAAGGAAUUGUUUCAAUAGUCAGCCCUCAUGGGUUCUUUAAGGAUUGGGAAUUUGUUGAGCAUAAUCUAGAUUAUGAUAUUGAUAUUCAUUAUCCGGUGAAUCAUCUUCUGUGCAGCUUCAUUUUCUUCAAAAGUUAUUCAAUAAUGAGAACUAUAUUCUUGACUAAUAAGUAUUCAAUGCCACGAUCACAAAGAGUCUGAGCAAUGACAGGGACAUAUGCUGACAUAGAGUUCUCUAUCAAAGGAAGUUUUAAAGAGUAUCCAAAUGCAAGUUUAGCAAUAAAUACUCUUAUCUCUGCUUUGAUGUGAGCACAGAUGCUCAGGAUCUACGAGAGGCCACUUUCUGCUAUAUCUGGACAAAGAUUUGAUAAGUAUGCUACAUCUAUUUGGAACAUUAUUGUGACAAUGUCCACAGUAGGGUAUGGAGAUGUUUUCCCUAAGACAAUUUUCGGAAGAAUCCUCGGGUCCUUCAUUUGUAUCUGGGGCGUUGUUGUAGAGAGUAUGAUGGUUGUUACCUUAUCAGAAGGCCUCGAGCUUACGAUUCCCCAACGAAACUCCUACACUCUCCUCCAAAGACUCUUCUUCAGGGAUGAUCUACAAGGCAAAGCUGUUAGGGCUCUUAGAGCUAUAUUCCUUCUCAAAAAGAAGAUCAAGGCGAAGAACUUGCUCUACAAGACCAAGAAGGUUAACUUGAAGAAGAAGCAGUUGGCUUUAGAAAUGAUCUUUAAAAGACAGAUGAAUAAAUUCAAAAAGAAGGAGAAGGAGAUGAGGAAGUUCAAUACUGCUACCGAAGUCACUUAUCUUUACAACAAAAUAUACAGCCUGCAAGAAGACUUCGAGAAGAUCUGGAAGUCCGACCGAGAAAUAAACCAGAUCCAAAUAGAAAGCAUGAACAAACUCGAGUCCUUAUUCAACCGCAAAGCAUCAGAGGAUAUGAAGAAUGAACUUAACUUCAUCUCCAAGCAGAACGACAUGAGGAUGACAGGACAAAGCUUCUUUGAGUCCCAGCUACAGACUUCUAUUAGGACUAAUUUUAAGGAGAAUGAGGAGGAUAAGGAAGCUGAGGAGAUUAGUGAAAUUCAGGAGAAAAAGUUGUUGUAGGGAAAUGGUGAAGGGAAUGGGAUUAAUUAAGUUUUUAUGACUGUUCAA